GACAUUUGAUUUAUUGUGACAUUUUAUACAACUAAAUUUUCAAUCGUUGAAUAAAAAUUCUACCAGUGCAGGUACCAUAAGUUUUCUAAAUUUUGUAAAUUUGUAAAUUCUGGGAUAAAAUUCAGUUGCAGUACUUAGAACAAGAAUAAUAUGAUGUGGACUCGUCAAGGAAUUAGGAUUAUGAACUCCAAUAGAGCUAAGUUCUUUAAAAAUAUUCAAACGAAUCGGGCAAAUAUUGGAUGUCCGUGUCGAUCCCAUGCACAAAGGCGCAUCUCAAAUGCAGCAAUCAAUAAAUGUUCUGUGAACCUAUCAAGCGGUCGCGGAAAUAUUUCACAAACAGUCUCUACUGAAUUUCUGAAGAAUACUGAUAGAAUGUCAUCUGAAGAACUUUUAGAGAAAUUAAUAGCUGGAUUAUCCACGGAUAUACAUCAGAAAAAUAGAGUAUACAAGAAUGAUUUAAUGAGAGUUAUAAACAGAGUAAAAGAAAUGAAUUUUUCAACCAAAAAACAGGGUUUGCUACUGCUUAGGUGCUGCACGGAAUUACUACCUGACGAAACUCCUUCAGCUCGAAUGGCUUUAGUUGAAUUAGUUUGGAAUACUUUAAAGCCCCAUACGAAAUUUCAAGUGGAUCAUUACAAUGAGUUGUUGCAAGCUUAUAUAGCAAAUAAUAGAACAAUCGUAGUGACUACAUUUAUCAACAAAAUGCUGCCUGUAAAACCUAACAUCACUACUUAUGAGUUGAUCAUAAGAGCCCUAGGGGAGGCGGGUGAUCUAAAUCAAGCAACCGAAGUAUUGUCUAAUAUGAAAGCACAGAACUUGCCUGCUACCGAGAAUAUAUUCAAUUCACUGAUUAUAGGCCAAGGAAAAGCAGGUAAUCUUCAAAACAUUCAAGAAGUAUUGACAAUGAUGAAAUCCGUUAAACUGAAACAAUCAAUCGAAACAUACACUGCUGUUGCUCGUGCAUUAGCCUGGAAUAAAGAGGAUGGUCCGCUCCUGAAGGAAAUGGAUCAGACAAUAAAAAAUGGGUUUCAGUUUGAGGAAAGGCAUAUUAUGGAGAUUGUGAAGACCCUAGCUGUUGUUGGAAGCUAUAAAACAAUACCUCAGGUCCUCAAAUAUCUUCCAGAAGGGACAUUACAGACACCAUCAAUAUCACCGUACAUGCAGAGUGUAUGUACAUUACUAGUCUUUCAAAAUCAUCCUAUGGCAGCCCUGGAGAUAUAUAAGUGUCUUCCAUUACCUUCGUUUGGUCCUAAAGAUGACCAAGGACUGCACGGUCGGAGUCUGGUCAGGGAUUGUGUUAAAGCUGCAAUGCCAUCCAGCGUAAUAGGAUUAAUAACACAAGAACUGAUGGCAUCAGGCAGAAAUCCAAUAGCUCUCCACAAUGCUACCGAGGCAGCUCUUCAACUAGGGAAAAUACCACUCUCUUUGGAUUUAUUCACAAGAAUGAAACAGCUGGGAAUGCCUCUCAGGCCUCAUUAUUUUUGGCCAAUCUUGAUUACUAAUUCUAAGAGCUACGGAGAGAAAGGUAUAAUGAGCGUAUUGUCAACAAUGAUCGAAAUGGACGUCAAACCUGAUUACGAGACGAUAAUGUCGUACACGCUCCCAUUCGUGAGUUUCACGUCGCCACAGAACUUGAUGAAGAAGUUCCUCGACGCCGGUCUGACGGUGACGACGGUGCUGACUCCCAUGAUGGAGAGCCUCCUCAACACCGGCCAGGUCCGGGCUGCUAGUGAGAUAUGUGAACUUUUUAAUGGCAAAGUCGAUGUGGAAAUAAUUUUAAAACCAUUGCUUAGAGGUUAUUUGACGAACGGUGAUGUAAAGUCGACGGUUCACAUACUAGAGGACGUUUUAAAAAAGGGCUCGGAGAAUAAAGACUGGAUCGGGAGAUUUCUCUGUUGCUUCAUUAAUCACAAGAAGGUUAUGGAGGAUCUCACUGAUUUUUUUACUUUGGUGCAGGAAUUGAAAAAUGAAAAUUUAAAAAUUUCCACAUCGGCUUCGGAUUAUUGCGUAUCUCGUUUACCGAAUACGCACAGCGAUGCCGAGAUCGAACGAUUCAGGAGCGGCCUCGCCGAGAUAACCGACGAGACGCUGGUCGACGACGGCGAGAUGUUCGCGCACCAGCCGCCCCAUCCCAAAAACAUGAAUGAAGCAUCGUUAAAGGCUCACUUGAGCGAACUGGAAGCGAAGAACAUGAACACGCGCGGCGUCUUAAGGAGACUGCUGCAGCAAUAUUGUAAAGAAGGGAAUCUGAAAGCUGCGAAGGAGGUUGCUGAGAAAUGUCAAAAAGAAGGAGUAUUCCUGUCUGCGGGUAUGAAAGCAUCAAUAUUCGAUCUCCACGUGAAACUAGGAGAGCUGGAGCUAGCCGAGCUCACCCUAGCGGAUCUAAACAAGACGUCGCCGAAUUUCACUUUGGACGAAUUUAAAGUUAUCGACUUUGCCACGCUGAUGGUUUACAGGAAGAGAAUUAAACAAGCCACGGAGUUAUUGAACGAACAGUCAAAGAAGAGACGCAUCAUAGGUGGUCGCGGUAUAAUAAUGAAUUGCUGGCGUCUGUUAGACGCGACCGCGGCCAAUGGCUCCCCCGAAGACGUACGGAAGAUGCUCGAGACGCUGACGGCGCUGCGUUACUGCAAGCCCAACAACGUGCUUCUCGGUCCGUUGGUGCGCGUGCACUUGAAGAAUGAUAACUUAGAAGAGGCCCUGAAUGAAUUCGUUCGUCUUGCCAAACAGUACAGCAUGACGCCGUUGAAACACGAGUUGCUUUGUAAGAUUUUGGAAGCGAUGGGUGACGGAAGAUCCGAAGACAAUUUCAUUAUACACGAAAGGAGUAAUAGCAGACUCAAUAAAAUGGCACAGACCAUACUGAAUACAGACAGGAAGGUGCACGGAGCCAGCGAUGUCCAACUAACUCUAAUAGCUGCACUAGCCGAAGUGGGAUACAAGAAGACGAUUCGAAAGCUCUUCCUCGAUCCAAAAGUGAACUUUCACCCGGAGGCGUUGUACCGUCGCUGCGAACGCUUCGCUGACGAGAAGAAGUUGAAAGCUUUAGAAUGUAUCGCUGAAUGCGCCCGCGACGUCAGGAGGGUUAACGUCGACGACAUAUAUGAGUUAAUGUUGGACGUGCACCAACGGGACGACAAUUGUCAAGAAGCGCUGUCCCUGUGGACCAAAAUGCAGGAAGCGGAUGUGACGCCGUCGCAGAAAUUCGUUCGAAACAUUUGUUCGUUGCUCAAAGCGAACAACAGAACCGUACCGUCAGAAUUAAGCUUACUGUUAGAUAAACAAGACAAAGUAACAAGCGUUUUGAGUACUUAAUGUCGUUUGUAAAUACGAAUGUUUAAAAUAGUUUUAGCGAAAACGACACAUUAUUUAUAAAGAAUAAUAAAUAUAUUUUAAAAAAAUACAAAGAAAUUACUGUGCGUAGUAAGAAAA